UUCAAUUUUUUUCUUCCUUUCUCGAUCGGGUUGAUGGAGGGCUCAUUCUUCUGUGUGUCUAACAGGGCUCUGCUCUUACUCUCUCUCCAUGUCCUUAUGACUUGCUUCGUCCAUCAAGGUUACCCUUAUGGAGUAGAAGGGAAGAUUGCAAGCAACACAGUAUCGGUUAUCUCUCUAUUGCCUUCUCCUUCUUGCUCACCUUCCACUACCAAAGCUAGCAAACGAAAGUCGACCUUGGAAGUAUAUCACAAGCACGGCCCUUGCUCUCAGCUUGUUCAAGGCCACAGUCCUCUAAAUCAUACUAAAAGCCUACUCCAAGAUGAGUCAAGGGUCAAGUGGAUUCAGUCCCAAUCCUCCAACGGUAGCGAUGGCCUAAAAGUUUCUGCGGCGACCAGCCUUCCGGCAAAGUCUGGCAUCACCCUGGGCACCGGCAAUUAUAUAGUUACAAUCGGCCUCGGCACGCCAAAACAGGACCUCACUCUCAUUUUCGACACCGGCAGCCCCCUCACGUGGACCCAGUGCCAGCCGUGCGUGGGAUCUUGCUACACUCAGUCUGACCCGAUCUUUGACCCAUCGCAAUCGUCAUCCUAUGCCAAUAUUUCGUGCACCUCAACAUUAUGCUCGCAACUUGGUUCCAUUGUUGCUUCGGGAUGCUCCAGAUCGACAUGUCUGUAUGGCAUCCAAUACGGGGAUCAAUCAUCUUCAGUCGGCUUCUUCGCAACCGAAAAGUUGACAAUAUCACCAACAGAUGUGAUUGACAAUUUUGAAUUUGGCUGCGGCGAGAACAACCAAGGCCUCUUUGGCAGAGCCGCAGGGUUGAUCGGACUCUCGGAUGACAAAAUCUCCAUCGUAGAACAAACCGCGACCAAAUAUGGCAAGUAUUUCUCCUACUGCUUACCCUCUUCCUCGAGCUCCAAAGGACACUUGACUUUCGGCAAAGACGGCGGAGCAUCGAACUCGGUUAGCUUCACGCCGUUAUCAACCGUCCCGCAAAGCUCGCAAUUCUAUGGAAUAAGUAUCGAAGGAAUCAGUGUCGAAGGGAAUCGUCUAUCCAUACCAUCGACGGUUUUUUCAAGUGGAGGCGCCAUCAUCGACUCGGGAACUGUCAUUUCCCGAUUGCCUCCAACAGCCUAUAGUGCCUUGAGAACUGCAUUCAGGAAAGCAAUGGCGAAUUACACGACGGCGCCAGCACUUUCUAUUCUCGAUACGUGCUAUGACUUAAGUAAAGAGAGCACAGUCACAGUCCCGACAAUAACAUUCUCUUUCGCCGGGGGAGCCGACAUCAAUUUGGACCAUAACGGGAUAUUCUACGUCGCAAAGGCCUCGCAGGUUUGCCUAGCGUUUGCGGCGAAUGGUGCUGAUAGUGAUCUGGGCAUUUACGGUAAUGUGCAGCAGAAGACGUUUGAAGUUGUGUACGAUGUUGCCGGAGGAAAGCUAGGUUUUGGUUCGAAUGGCUGUUCCUAAUAUGGACACAAUUCAACUAAAGUUAUUACUAGAUAUGCUCGAUGACAAUUAGGAGUUGAACACAAAUUGAGUAUGUCAUCAUCGUUUAAACGUUUUGAAUUAAAACUAUUGCAAACUGAGAAUAAAAGGAUGUUGUGUUACUA